AUGGCUGGUCCCAAUUAUAAAGCAGGAUUGUCAUGGACAUACAAUUUCAUCUAUGUCUCACUAUUCAUCGGGAAAACACUUUCCCUUACUCUAGAUCAAACCUCAUCCAAGUCCAUCUGUGAUGCCACAUCCUUAUUGCAAAAGGGGAUUCUCGACUACUACGAGGGUACCACGUACGGUGGGACCGUUGGGAUGUUUCAAGCUCCUUACUAUUGGUGGCAUUCAGGUUGCGCCUUUGGAUCCAUGAUCGAGAAUUGGUACCUUUGUCAAGAUGACACCUACGAGUCCUUAAUCACUGAUGCGAUCUUGGCUCAAGCGGGGGAUAAUUAUGACUUUGUGCCUCAAAACCAAACUAUGGUGGAGGGGAACGACGACCAAGGGGUUUGGGGGUUAGCAUUAAUGGAUGCUGCCGAGAGAGAGUUCCCACAGGUUAAGGGACAACCUUCUUGGUUGACCAUGGCAGAAAAUAUCUUUGAAUCCAUGUUUGCUAGAUGGGAUAAUGCUAAUUGUGGUGGGGGGCUCAGAUGGCAAAUUUAUAGUUGGAAUAAUGGGUACGAUUAUAAGAAUACCGUCUCAACGACAUGUUUAUUCCAAUUGGCUGCUAGAUUGGGGAGAUAUACUGGUAAUGAGACCUAUGUUAAGGCUGCCAACCAGGCUUUCGAUUGGUUACAAGGUGUUGGGUUUGUUAUGUUUAAGAAUAAUGAUGGGUACGUGUUUGAUGGUGCUGAUAUCUCCACAAAUUGUACCAAUAUUAAGAAGUAUGAAUGGUCCUAUAAUCAUGGGAUUGUGCUAGGGGGUGCUGCUUACAUGUAUAAUUUAACGGAUGGUUCAUCCACUUGGGAAACAAGAACUUCUCAACUUUUAAAUUUGGCAUCCUCGUAUUUCUUCCAAAAUGGUAUUAUGUUCGAAGCAGAAUGUCAAACUUCCAACAUUUGUAAUAAUGAUCAAAGAUCAUUUAGAAGUAUCUUUGCCCGUAUGUUGGGGAAGACAAGUAUUAUGGCACCCUUUACCGCAGAGACCAUUGAUCCGUUACUAAAGACCACUUCUAAAGCAGCAGCAAAUGCAUGUUCAGGUGGUAAAGAUGGCCACACCUGUGGGUUGAAUUGGUUGAAUAGCAAUUUUGAUGGUAACUACGGGUUGGGUGAAGAAAUGUCUGCAAUGGAAGUUAUUCAAAAUCUGUUGAUUCAUCAAAGACCAGCACCAGCUAUGGUUAAGAUUGAUUCUUCCAGUUCUUCCAGUUCCUCCAGUUCCUCCAGUGCCACACAAACAAGCUCCAAGGCUUUUUCCACCUCAAAAUCCACUUUAUCUUCCACUUUAUCUUCCACAUCUUUAUCGACUUCCUCCUCCUCGUCUCUAGAAUCUUCGUCUGAAGCUAGUCACGCAGCAAAAACAACGAUUAUCAAAACAGUGAAAGCUGGCACAACAACCGUUAUUGACGCAACGGUAAAGGCAACAACAACCGUGACCACCUUUACUACACCUUCAAACAUGGUUAUUAAUACAAUUACUCAAAGCACUGUGACCACAGCAACUACUACCAUUCUUGUUUCCAAGACCAAAAAGACGAAAACUCAUAAGAGCAAGUCAUCCAAAACAGUUUCUUCUACUUCAUCCAGCGAGACUUCAUCAAUUUUAUCAGUUGCUCCAUCUAGCCAAACAACCGAAACUACGGCAUCAGACUCCGCGAGUACCGUCACAUCUAAGGCUUCUCCAAGAACGACCUCUAGUAAAGUGACAACUACUUCAUCCACUGAAGAAAAACAAACUGUUUCCAGUAAAGCACCAGAAACUAUAUCUAAGAAGGUGACAGAAACUGUUUCCAAAAAAGUUACUGAAACGGUAUCGUCUAAGACUAAGGAAACUUCUCAAGAAGAAUCCAAAUCUGCAAGCGCUUAA